CCACGUCUCCUCCUCCCAUCAGCCUCUCUGACUGCGAGUCCCAGCAGCUCUCAGCUGUUCAGAGGAAACUCUGUCUCUCUGAGCUGUGAGGACGGCGGCGGCGCUGCUGGAUGGACGCUGAAGAGGAACUCAAGUGAAGGAGGACGGUCUCAGUGUGGAACUUACUGGGGAAGACCAGAGGGCUCCACCUGUCACAUCAGCUUCAUCCUCACAUCGGACAGCGGAGUGUACUGGUGCGAGUCCAGCGACGGAGAAACCAGUAACACCGUCAACAUCACCGUCACCGGUGGACCGGUGAUCCUGCAGAGUCCAGUCCUCCCUGUGAUGGAGGGGGACAACGUCACUCUGCACUGUGGAACCAGGACCCCUCCCUCCGACCUGCCAGCUGCUUUCUACAAAGACGGCUCCCUCAUCAGGACUGAGUCUACAGGUCACAUGACCAUCCGCCACGUCUCCAGGGCUGACGAAGGCCUCUACAGGUGUGACAUCAGCGGUCAGGGAGCGUCUCCGCCCAGCUGGAUCUCUGUCACAGGGAAACCUACAACCUCAGCCACGCCCACCUCUGCAGCCCCGCCCCCUCCCUCAGCCCAGCUCCACCUGAUGUUCUCCCCUGUCUGCCACCUGAUGGUGAUCUGUCUGUACUGCAUCUCCACCGUCCUCAUGGUGUCUUUAUAUCGACACAGGCCCGCAGCUCGGACUGCAGGAAAUUAUGUGCCUGUCUCCAUAGUGAUGACCCCGCCCACCCAGGCUGAGCAGCGACUGGAUGAGGACCACGCUGAUGUCAUCACUGCCGUCACUACAGAACAUCACUUCUGAGCUGAUCCGGUGCGUUCGAUGUCUUCUCGUUCUUAAAGGAAGCUGAAGUGUUCGAGUCAUCAGCUGAUAAACCAUCACAAACCUCAGAGGACCCAGAACGCUUCCCUGAGGGACUCCUCCUGUUGGAGGUGAUGUUGAAGUCAGACUUCAGCUGCAGCGACAGGCUCAGCUCUGACCUGAUACUGAGAGCAGCUCUGAGAGAGCAGGGAUCAGGUUUAGUGAAGCCUGAUCACGCUGACUCAGCUGGACUGGAUACAGGGCUCCUGGACAAACGGACAGAGCUGGCGACAUGUUUUUGGUCCAAAUGAAACUGAUCGUUAUAAAGUUCUGGUCUGAGUUGUUGUUGUUGUUCAUGUUUGUUUGGUUAAAAUGUUUUAGAACAUGGCAACGCUUUGACUUUAUUAUUUAUUACUUUUAACAACCAGUUCUCGCUCCCAAGUCGUCACAUAUGGAUGCAUGGUCAAGUCCGGUUGGCCCCUUAGCGCCCUUAGAGCCCCUUAGCACCUGGGGGAAGCCCCAUAGCGUCGUUUUUUUAACGCUAAAGGCAGGUGUAUAAUGCAUGACAGUAAGACAGUCUGAGUAAGGAGGUGCUUACUCACGGAAGAGAUGUUAUUUUAAGCCAAACCAUGAUGCCUUACACGUAACCAAAUCACAAUGUUAACUAGCACUUUUAUUUUGAAAGUCUAACCAGACGUUGCAUAUUUACUGUUGGUAACUUGACCGUAGAGCCUUUAACGUCGAAAACGAAGCUAAAGAGAUCAGGGUGUUAAAAAGCAACGCCAAGGCGUCUGACCAAACGUCCACAUGUAGCGAGUUGGCAACCACUAAUUAAAGACAUCUGUGUGGGUCAUGCAUUAAAAGUGUUAGAGCGUUAUAUCUCCUCUGAGACGUAGCUUAUUUUAUUUUACACUCACAUGAAUCAUCUUAUUAAUGAUAUGAAAUAAACACGUUUUGCAAAGAAAUGUCUCAUUUUCUGAAAAGUUUUGAGUUUAACUGACAACAUUUUUCAUUAUUCUCAUUGUUUUAAAGACUUUAGUGAGAAAA